AUGAGUCAAACAUCUCUGAAACAGAAAAAGAAGAAUGAGACCGGGAUGAGGUAUUCAAAAGAGAGUGUAGACACAGAAAAAAGAAGGGAAUCUGAGAAAUCAGGAGUUCGUCUGAGCACUCAGAUGAGGCGUGCAGGCAAUCCGAAUCACUCGCUGAGAUGUUGCCCCCUGCGGGGUCACUCGUCGUGUAGACGCUGCCUUUGUGCAGCUGAGGGAACAGUCCUUGGCCCCUGCCGCACAGUAUAUAUUUAUAUUCACAUGUGCCUGUUGUGGGAGCAGGGCCGGCAGAUCACCAUGAUCAGGGUGAGCAGAGAUCACACUACUGAUUUUGGAGGGGACCCACAGGCAGUCCGGGGAUCUCAAGAAUUAACAGUGCCAAAGACAGACUCUCGAGGGUAUCUCUUGCAAAAUCAGUGGUCCAGAACAUCCCGGAGUCCAUCCACCAGGGCUCCAUCGGUAGACGAGCCCAGAAGCAGGAACACCAGCAUUAAGCUCCCCAACAGCUCCACGACCUCCCGGACGUCCACCACCUCCACCAGCCAGCACGACUCCUCGCCGCCACCGCCACCGCCGCCACCGUCCGGGCAGCCCUCCACGGCCCGGUCCCCCGCGCCGGCCCAGCCGGCCCUGCCACUCGACUCGCGGCCCCCCACGCCCCCGGAGCCCGAGCUCAGCCCACGGCGCGGCACCCACGAGGGCUGGACCCACGGCACCAUGCGGGACAGCCGCGAUUCGCGGGACACGCAGCUGCGGGAGUCCCCGCGCACGCCGCCCACCGAGUGGGUGUCCUACGCCCAGCGCAGGGCGCUCUUCCCCUCCAUGCAGCUGGACCGCGACUGCCUGUCCGAGCAGCAGCAGCAGCUGCAGCGGCAGCAGCGGGAGGAGGAAGAGGACGACGAAGCCUACUGGCAGGCCGUGAGGACGCUCUACGAGAAGACCCCCAGCAGCACGCGCCCCCGGCCGCCCAAACCUAAGCACGCCAUCACCAUCGCCGUCUCGUCCCGGGCGCUCUUCAACAUGGUGGACGGCAAGAGGAUCUACGAGGAAGAGGGGCUGGAAAAGUACAUGGAGUAUCAGCUCAACAACGAGAACGUCAUCCUGACCCCGGGGCCCGCGUUCCGCUUCGUCAAGGCACUGCAGCAUGUCAAUGCUAGACUCCGUGAUCUGUACCCUGAUGAACAGGACUUAUUUGAUAUUGUACUGAUGACUAAUAACCAUGCCCAAGUGGGAGUGCGGCUUAUAAACAGCGUCAAUCACUAUGGCUUACUAAUUGACCGCUUCUGUCUGACUGGUGGAAAAAGCCCCAUUGGUUAUUUGAAGGCAUAUCUUACCAACCUGUAUCUUUCUGCGGAUUCUGAAAAAGUACAAGAAGCAAUACAAGAAGGUAUCGCCUCUGCAACAAUGUUUGAUGGAGCCAAAGACAUGACUUUCUGUGACACGCAGCUCCGUGUGGCCUUUGACGGGGAUGCUGUCCUCUUCUCUGAUGAGUCUGAACAUAUUGCAAAGGAGCACGGGCUGGACAAAUUCUGUCAACAUGAAACGCUGUUUGAGAAUAAGCCUCUUGCUCAGGGUCCCUUGAAAGGCUUUCUGGAAGAUUUAGGCAGACUGCAAAAGAAGUUUUAUGCCAAAGAUGAACGGUUACUUUGUCCUAUCAGGACCUACCUGGUUACAGCCAGGAGUGCAGCCAGUGCAGGCGCCCGUGUGCUGAAGACCCUUCGCCGCUGGGGUCUAGAGAUAGACGAAGCUCUUUUCCUUGCUGGAGCUCCCAAAGGUCCCAUCUUGAUGAAGAUUCGGCCCCACAUUUUCUUUGAUGACCACAUGUUUCACAUUGAAGGAGCACAGAAAUAUGGAACCAUCACAGCUCAUGUACCUUAUGGCGUCCAUCAAAAAUACAGCCCUUAG